AUGCAGCGGUUAACGUAUCGUCGGCGUCUCUCUUAUAAUACUCCUUCUAAUAAGGUCCGCGUUCUUAAGACGCCUGGUAAUGAAUUACGUUAUUUCUACAAAGGAAAAGUUGGAAAAUCACCCCGUUGUGGUGAUUGCCACAAAAAGCUUCAGGGAAUUCCCGCUUGCAGACCUCAUCAAUAUUCACGUAUGUCGAAAACUAAGAAGAGAGUAUCGCGUGCAUAUGGCGGUUCACGCUGUGCAAGCUGUGUUAAAGACAGGGUUAUGCGUGCAUUUUUGAUUGAGGAACAGAAGAUUGUGAAGAAAGUGCUUAAAACACAGACGCAUGCUAAGUCGAAAAAAUAG